CUUUCAUUCUGUGGCUCGAAUCACACCAUUGCUGGCGUCUGGAUCCAAGUGGAUACCGGGCGGGAGCAAAUCUUCCUUACUAGUUUUUAUGACUCUUUCCUGGUAUCUUUCUUAAGCUGAUCUCGCACAAACGGAGUUCCGUACGCCAUCUUUGACGUCGAACGCUUUCUGUGAUCUUAAACCACCUCAAAUGAAUUUUGGCCUCUCUCAACAUCAAGUCUUCUUGAUCAGGCCUUUGCCAGUUUUUUACCCCACGUCACACCUGCAUCUGACCCCACGUUUUCGCGAAGUCACCCCAGAAAACUGCACCUUAGCGGUCGCUGCUAUAGGCUGCUCUCACGAAACUAGCUGGGCAAGACACUUGAAAAUCGACUUUGAAUAAAACAUCGCAGCUUCUCUCCUCAGUCAUCCCCAAGCAGGAAAGGAAGCAAGGUCGAUGUGUCGUCUUCCAGUGCGGCACUAAGCCUUGAUCCAGGACCACCACAUUCUUAUCGAAUUAUCUCUUACGCAUUCAAGCUGACCCCCAACCUCAUAUCUCGACCCUAUUUGUGAUGAAGUUCAACGACCGGUAUUCUCAUUGGCGCGCGGAGCCAACACGCAUGAACCGCUAAUCACGAAACCACAAACGACAUCAUCGAUUUCACGAUAGAGCCAGCCAUCUCGCCGUUUUAUGACAUAUUGCGCUAUUAUCUACACUCAGCCUCACCAUUAUCCGCCAGAUCCACUCCGUAUUGGUGCCCACCCCGAUCUCGUUCGCCAGGAGACUGCCAAUACCCCAGGUUUGGCCCCGGAAUCCAUCGCAAGAUCCUGUGCAGUGGCACAAAGCAUGAUGGAAUCUUCGCAGACGCUCAUGUCAGCGCAGAUUCAAUUUCUGGAUACGCAAUUGGCGCUCAUUCACAUUCCAUUACGACUUUACCCAAGCUUUCUCCAACCAAUAUUACGGUUAUUGCUUCCCACGGACGCUGUAGACGAGCGUCCUAAAAGUAGGGGUUCUGGAUCGAGCCUACAUACCAACGAACAUCCAUUCAUCAACAUCUCAGUUACGCCUAUCGAAUGCUCGAUAGCCCUGCCUCGGCAGAUAGCUGAGACUCUUUUCAUACCGGCUCGCGACGGGCUAUGUCCCUCGGAUAGGGACUCAGUUACGAUUACGAAGGAUGACUAUGUCGUCAUGCAGGUCGAUGGAGAGGGUCUCGAGGCUGGGCAACGGGUGUUAGAGUUGACAUCUCCGCUGGCUAUGGCGGGCAUCUCCAUAUUUUUCAUCACAACCUACUUUUCGGAUUACAUUCUAGUUCCCCUCCGUGCGAGAAGCCAAGUCAUCUCUGCUCUCGAAAAUCGAGGCUUUGCGUUCGAACCGCACAAAUCAUCAUCGACCAGUGCUUCAUAUUCCCACCGUCAAACAUCAUCAUCUCAUGAUAUAUCCUUACCCGGAACUCCACCGCCUACUACAAUCACUGAACUGCAGACGCGAACUUUUGCAACACUGAAAAGGCAUCAUAUUGUUCCAACCGUGGACGAGAGCAUCAAGCUGGUACAAUGUGCCGGGCGUAUUGAUGAUUCAACACCGAUUAAUGAUAGACUGUCCCUUGGGCUUGUGCAAUGUCUCGCUGUUGGCCCGAAAUUCCUCAGCCUAACGCUGACGGAUACAGAACCGCCCAGCUUGCUUCUUGAGCAAAGAAUGCUGCCCUUCUUCGAGCAGACCUCAGGUAUAGGAUCGCAGUCUGUUCUUCUCGGAUCAAAAGAAGAUAUCCUCAUUCCGAUUAUCCUUGAUCUGAGGACGCUUCCAUUAGAAUCUACAGGCAUUGUUUGCGGAGUUGCAGGACGCUUGGUCGGUGGUACAAAGCUUGGCCUUGACAACGCGGUAGAAAUGAGUUAUCUUUCUACUGCCAAGUCAGGGACGGUUACCGUAGCAGAAGCGGAGCUCGAGCGGGCACUCAGCGCAUUGAGGAACGACUGCAGCGAAAAUGGAGUCGUACAGCCAAAUUGAUCGAACGAAGCCGCACCGCGGGGGGAGGGAUGUUUGUAUGGGGGGACAUGGUACCUUUUUUCUAAACAAAAGUUGCACAUUUUUUUACUUUUUUCCUUUGGUAGGCAUUUUUGCAUAGCGACGGGGUCGAUUGCUUUCCCAAAAGAGAAGUGGAUACCUGAAGGCGCAUGUUGCAUUGCCUCCUCGUACUGAAUCGGAUGCAGGGAUUGCGCCAUCGCCUGCACUUUGCAGUUGUUUCAUGUUCUCCACUGUAUGUUUGUACUUUUGGCAUUCGGGUGCUACCUAUGCCAGACGGCUGGGUCGUGGGAUUUUGGUGCAAGGCAUUCAGGUUGGGGCCUGCAAGAUUUUCUGCUUUGGUCAUGGGAGUCCCCGUUGCAUAGACAAUGCUUCUGAAUCAAAGGACUGUUGUGCGCGUAUCUCUCGAGCCUUCUCUGUCGUUUAGACCAAG